CUUGGAAUGUACAUUUACCUUUCUGCACUGGGUGGCAUCUAGGCCUUCAGAUUAGCCAACUAGAGAACAUUAGCCAAGUAGAGAAGAUUAGCCAGCUAGAGAAGAGACAUCAUGUUGAUUCUAACUUCUAUCUCCACUGUGUCCUAUGAAGUCAAAAGUACAUUUCUGUUUAUUUCAGUCCUGGAGUUUGCAGUGGGGUUUCUGACCAAUGCCUUCAUUUUCUUGGUGAAUUUUUGGGACAUAGUGAAGAGGCAGCCACUGAACGACUGUGAUCGUGUGCUGCUGUGUCGCAGCAUCAGCCGGCUUUUCCUGCAUGGACUGCUGUUCCUGAGUGCCGUCCAGCUUACCCACUUCCAGAAGAUGAAAGAGCCACUGAACCACAGCUACCAAGCCAUCAUCAUGCUGUGGAUGAUUGACCAAGCCAACCUCUGGCUCGCCACCUGCCUCAGCCUCCUCUACUGCUCUAAGCUCAUCCGUUUCUCUCACACCUUCCUGAUCUGCUUGGCAAGAUGGGUCUCCAGGAAGAUCUCCCACAUGCUCCUGGGUAUUAUCCUUUGCUCCUGCAUCUGCACCGUCAUCUGUGUUUGGGACUUUUUUAGCAGACUUCACUUCACAGUCACAACUGUGCUAUUCAUGAAUAACAAUACAAGACUCAACUGGCAGAUUACAGAUCUCAACUUAUUUUAUUCCUUUCUCAUCUGCUAUCUGUGGUCUGUCCCUCCUUUCCUAUUGUUUCUGGUUUCUUCUUGGAUGCUGACUGUCUCCCUGGGAAGGCACAUGAGGACAAUGAAGGUCCAUACCAGAGACUCUCGUGACCCCAGCCUGGAGGCCCACAUUAAAGCCCUCAAAUCUCUUGUUUCCUUUUUCUGCUUUUUUGUGAUGUCAUUCUGUGCUGCCCUCAUCUCAGUGCCCCUACUGUUUCUGUGGCGCAACAAAAUAGGUACGAUGGUUUGUGUUGGAAUAAUGGCAGCUUGUCCCUCUGGCCAUGCAGCCAUCCUGAUCUCAGGCAAUGCCAAGUUGAGGAGAGCUGUGACAACUGUUCUGCUGUGGGCUCAGAGCAGCCUGAAGGUAAGGGCUGACCACAAGGCAGAUCCCAGGACACUGUGCUGAGAACAGACAUGAAAUGAGCUCUUCAUUCAGACGCCUGACAGUCUUCAUGAA